CUCACAACGGUCGGUCUGAUCAUUAAAGCAAAUAGGAAACGGUCGAAAGCGCGCACAAUACGAAGAAGUUAGUUUUCGAAUAUUUAUUUAGUAGUGCAGCUUUUUUAACGACAUUAUGCUGAUAUAUGUAAAUCGACGCUAAUGACACCAAAUAAAAUUGUUUGAAACUUCCCCUGAAAAAAAAAUACACUACCUAUAGUGUUAGAGUACUAAAAAAAUCGAAUAUAAAAAACAACAAGUCUUCGACUACCAACAAAAUGCAACUGAGUACAACGAAGCGGCAAAAAGAGCGGUGUUUACCGCCCAACACAGUCGUCUCCACCAUAGCCAUCACCCACGCACGCAACGAUUGCAUUAAUAGCAGUAAAACACAUUAUACGCGACUGCCGAUACUGCCGUUACUGCUGCUGCUGCUGUUAAUGCUGACGACCAGCAGUCAUGGCUAUAACAUUGAUCUGCCCAGCUACAUAAGGCACGUGCGUGAACCGAAUACAAUGUUUGGCUUCAGCAUCGCCUUACAUAAGGGGCGCAGCGGAUAUGCACAAUCGAAUUCGUUAAUUGUUGGCGCUCCUAAAUUCGAUACCUCUUCAUACCAACAGGGUGUGGUAGAGGCGGGUGCCGUCUUCAAGUGUGGUAUGAUUGACGGUGACUGCAAUUUGGUGAAAUUUGAUUCUUCAGGAAAUCAUCGGAACACCUAUGGCGACGUUAUCGAACGAAAGUCGUACCAGUGGCUCGGCGCUACAGUGUCCACCAGUCGUGACAACGACUUGAUUGUGGCCUGUGCUCCACGCUAUGUCUUCCACACAAUGACACCAAAUAAAUCAUUGCGUUAUGACCCAGUCGGUACGUGCUUUACAUCAAGGAAUUUUACGCAUUUCAAUGAAGUCUCGCCCUGUCGCACAAAUAACUGGGGCUAUCAUCGGCAAGGCUCUUGCCAGGCUGGCUUUAGUGCGGCAGCAAGCUCUCGCGGUGAACGUUUAUAUAUCGGUGCUCCAGGCAGCUGGUAUUGGCAAGGACAAGCCUACUCAAUAUCACCAGAUGCAACCUUCCCAUAUAAGCCGCCUUUUUAUCAGCCCUUCGGCACCGGAGGUCAGACUUAUUCAUAUGAUGUCACGCGCCCGGAAAAUCAAGUCUACUCAACUGCCGAGAGUAGCUCACAGGAUGACGACUCCUAUUUGGGCUACUCAAUGAUCACGGGCGAUUUCGAUGGUGAUCGUGUCGAAGAUAUUGCCAUUGGCAUGCCACGUGGUGCCGGCUUACUCGGCAAAAUCGUGGUCAAUCACUGGAAUAUGACAAAUAUUUUCAAUUUCACUGGCCAUCAGAUAGGCGAAUAUUUCGGCUAUGCGUUGGCCACAUGCGAUGUGGAUGGCAAUGGUUUGGAUGAUUUGAUCAUUGGCGCGCCAAUGUUCAGCGAACCGGGCAAUGUGGAGGGCAAGUACGACGUGGGUCGUGUGUAUAUACUGCUGCAGAAGGAGAGCGGUGAGCGUUGGCCAAUCGAGCAUAUCCGUGAAGGCUACAAUACUAAGGGACGUUUCGGCUUGGCUCUCACCACACUCGGGGAUAUUAAUCGUGAUGGUUAUGGUGAUUUUGCGGUGGGUGCGCCCUACGAUGGACCCGACGGUCGUGGUAUUGUUUACAUCUUUCAUGGUUCACCUGCUGGCCCGCUGCUGAAGCCAUCACAGAUCAUCAAAGCUGAAGAUAUUGUUGAGGGUGCACCAUAUCCACGCACUUUCGGCUUUGCGCUCUCUGGUGGUCUCGACAUGGAUGGCAAUACAUAUCCCGACUUAGCUGUAGGCGCUUAUGCAUCCGAUCAAGUGUUCAUCUUCAAGUCACGUCCCGUUGCAGCAGUGAAUGCUAUGACCUCAUUUGUGAAUCAAUCGAAGCUGAUCAGUUUGGAUGAUCGCAAAUGUCAGACGGUGCGUGAUGGCAAACGUGUUGCAUGUACCGAAAUUAUGACCUGUUGGAGCUAUACCGGCGAAUAUUUGCCGGGUAGUUUGGAAUUUGAUGUAUCUUGGGUAUUGGAUGCGAAGAAACCAAAGAAACCACGCAUGUUCUUCCUGCUCGAUGAAGGCAAAAAUAUACGCAAUCUUUCGAUCAGUUUACAAUAUGGCAAAACUUAUUGCCGUAAUGAAACGGUAUAUCUGCUGGACAAUCUGCAAGAUAAGCUAACCCCACUGGAGGUGGAAAUGCGUUACGAUUUGCGUAGCAGACAACGCAUGGCACCGGUGAUUAGACGUAAGCGUGACACACUAGAACCGGUUAUUGAUCAGAAUCGUGAGAUCAUUUUGCGCGACGCCAUCAAUAUACAAAAGAAUUGUGGACUUGAUAACAUCUGUAUACCCGAUCUACAACUUGACAUUGUCACUGUCGACAAGUAUUUGCAUGGCUCACGCAAGCCAUUGGUUGUUGAGGUGACCGUGACGAAUCGUAAUGAAGAUGCUUUCGAAUCAGCUUUUUACAUGGAGAUGCCAAAAGAUUUGGACUUUAUUAAAAUUGAAAACCUGGUCGAAAAAGUUGAUACCCCCAUUACAUGUUCUGCGCCAUCGGAAGCGAACAAUUAUACUCUGAAAUGCGAUCUUGGAAACCCGCUACCGGGACAGAAAUUUGCGAAGUUCAAUGUGAUCAUGUUGCCGUCGCAGCGACUCGGCAUGUCACCGAGCUACCACUUCUAUAUGGAAGCCAACUCCACUAAUUCUGAGAUUGAUGGCAACCGUCGAGAUAAUGUGGUAAUCAAGAAUGUCGACAUAUGGGUGGAGACUGAUUUGGCUAUUGAAGGCGCUUCUCUACCAGACUUCCAGUUGUACAAAGCCUCCGAUUACUUAGCAGUAGAAAAUGCUACAAAAGAAGAAGAUUUGGGUCCACAGGUGGUGCAUCUGUAUAAUAUACGGAACAACGGACCUUCAUAUAUUGAAGAGGCUGUCAUUCUCAUACAUUACCCCAAUGAGACCGUGGGCGGUGAUUUGUUGAUGUAUGUUCUCAACCAACCAGAGACGCACGGCAAUAUUGUUUGCGAUCCACAUCUCGCAGUCAAUCCGCUCAGAUUGAAGUUAGAUAACAAUUUGAUGUACAAAUCGUAUCUUAGAGAACGUGGGGUGAUUUUCACCACCGAAAGCACCAGUAGUAGCAGUAGCAGCAGCGGUAGUGGCUCAGUAACUUACAGUGGUGUGGAAAGGUCUGAUGGCAGUAGCGCUGCUGGUACAGCUGUGACCAUAGGGCGUGGCACCAAAGAAUUGACACUCGAAGAGAAGAGACGUCUAGAGAAGGAGGAUGAGCAGGAGGUGCCUGGCGAUGCGUCGGCCACACAUAUUCAACGUGCGCACGAAGCAGCUGUAUCGAGCUCACAAGCUAACUUUGGUGGUGGCGGUGGUGUUGGCACUGGUACAGGUGGCAACUACCACUGGUCUUCCUCAUCAUCAUCAUCCUCUGGUGGCAGUGGUGUUGGUGGUAGUGGUGCUGGUGGUCGUGGACCUAUGGUCAUAGUACGUACCAAGAAUACCACGACUAGCUACGAUGCCAGCGGUCGUCCACAUGUUGUAGAGAGCAGCACAGAAUACUCAACUGAUCUGGAUCAAGCAGGACAAUAUUACUCGCAACCAUUGAAUCAGAACCAACGCCAACACUCGGCCAAUUAUCAACAAUCCGGCAGUUUCGCUCGUGAUGGCGGACAUGGCAACUACGAAGGCGUGCAGAGCACGCGUGGACAUAUACAAAUGGCUGGUGCUGGUGGUAGUGCUCAACAACAGCCACCCAUGUACUCGAAUUACAUUGGCUCUUCGGGUGGUGCCUAUCGUCCCCAUGAGCAGCAGCAGCAGCAGCACCAACAACAACAACAACAAUACCAACAAAAGUCGUAUCAGCCAUACGAUGCACGUCGCGGUUCAAUUGCAUCAUCAUCCAACUACAAUACCCACAACAAUUACGAUAACUUUGGUGGUGUAGUUGGUGGUAGUAAUUUUGACAAAGCUGCUUCAGGCGGACAUGGCUUCCAGGCAGGUAUGCUGGAUUUGGGCACCAUCAACCGUGAUAACGUAGAUAACGAAUUGCGUCAACAUGAUGGACAAUAUGGCGGCAAUACCGGCGCUUCCUAUGGCUAUCAGCAAUCCUACACACGUCGCGUGCGCUCUCCGGCUGGCAAUAAACCCUAUUACGGCAUGGAAAAUGAAGACUACUACGAUGAGGAUGGUAUUCAGCAGCAAGGUGUACAACAGCAGUCUUUCCGAGGAAGUGAACAGUUAUCGCAGGCUCAGAAAGAUGGCCGCACCUACCAUCAAUCAUCCUCCAGCAGCGCAAAUAGCUACUAUAAUGAGCAAGGUGGCCAGCAUCAAGCUGGUCAUAAGGCAUCGUCAUCAUCUUCCUCAUCAUCACAUUCUUCAUUCUCAUCGAGCUCUCAGCUACGCGAAGGCGAAAAUGCUGAAGCUGAGGAAUUGACCCAAAUCGAUUGGGUUUCUCCUUGCAAGGCGGCAAAAUGCCAGACGUUGCGUUGUGUAGCAAAGAAUCUUGCCAAGGACGAUGGUGUUUGGGUGGCCAUACGCAUGCGUACGGUGGCUAAGACAAUGGAGAAAUUGGCCGGUAAUUUGCCGCUGAAUGUAUCUACUAUGGCAGCAUCGAAUGUGACACGACUGCCAUAUAUUGGCGAACCAAAAGUACCCAUCAUAAAAACACAUGAGAUUUUCUACAAAGCGGUGCCAGAGCCAAUUCCAGUACCUGAUGUGGUACCACUGUGGGUGGUGGUGCUGGCGGCGUGUGCAGGUGCACUCAUUCUGCUAUUGCUGGUUUAUUUGCUAUAUAAGUGCGGCUUCUUUAAUCGCAAUCGUCCACGCGAUCACUCUAUGGAGCGACAGCCAUUGCGAAAUGGUUACCAUGGCGACGAGCACCUGUGAGCACUAUCUGUGGUCUCUCAGCCGCGAAUCCCCACCAAAUCUCAACGCAUACUCGUACAUAUCAUUUCUGAUUCUUGUCCACUUUUCAAGGCAGCUUUGUAUUGAGAUUACCUUUUGUUGUAAGCGUAAACGUAGGCUGGCUCACUGCCGCUAAUAACCGCGAAACGAGUACUUUACGACGAAAUCGAUGGUGCUUGAACGAUGUAAUGACAUAUUUCUGCAGCUGCGAUCUGCUCAUCAUGUGCAGUAACUAACCAAAACGAAGCAAAAUGGAGUAAAAUAUUUGGCUUCUAAAGUAAUAAGUUUCUACAUAAAUAUUAAAAACAAAAAAAAAAAAAAACAAAGUGUAACAGCGUCUUCUUUUUAAUUUUUUACAAUUAAUUAUAAAAUAUUUUAUAAAUAAUUUACUAUCUUUGCUAGUCACGAAAUUCACUGUUGCCCUCUCUUCAAGCUGAGAAAAAGUAGACCAAAAGGAUUUCGAGUUGAGGAGAAGAGAGCGCAGUAACGACAAAAAUGUGCUUUUAACAUUUUUAUCGAAGCUUUUAAUAAACUGUAAAUAAUAUAUACAUAUUACUAAUUAAAAAAACAAAACCUGUUAAAUGAAAUAAGUAAUAUCGAAACACUCUAAUGUUGCCUUGUAUAUGAUAAAAAGAAUUUAUUGAACAAAAAUAACUAUUUAAUGCCGUUAUGAAAGCGAAAAGUGCUAAUAUUAAUUUUACUAAUGUUAAAUAUCAACAAAACAAAAACAACAAUAAAUAUAACGUUGUGAAUGUGUACAUUUGCGCGUAUGUGAGUGCCUGUAUGUGUGCGUGUGCUUGUAUAGUAAUGUUAAAAAGUAAGUUUAACUCAAUUGCAUUACAACUAGAAAAAAAUAAUAGUAAUAAUAAAUAAAUGAUCAGAAUCGAAAAUACGAUAGGAAUACGAACUUCAAGAGAAAAAGUAUAUUAACAAAGUAAUUUAAUUUUUAUGUGAACUAACCCUUUUCGCUAUGUGUAAAUACAAAGGAAAGCUGUAUAAAUAUACUGUUAUUUGGCUUCAAUUUAAAGCACUGCCUUUGUUUUAAAAAUACAAUAAUAAAUAAUUCGAAGGAAAUUAAAUUGUUAGGAAUACUCGUAUAAGCAAAAAAUCUGCUUUCUUUUAUAAGACCUACCGAAUCUCUUGCUUAAACUAUUUACCGUUAGUGAAAAGAAAUACAUUUACCUUACAUAAUGAAAUGUAGAUUAAAACUCUCAUAUUUAAUGCAAUGAAAAAGUGAGCGAUUUUAACAGUUUAAUUUAAUUUUAUAGUUUGCAUGGUUAUAUAAAAAAAUUCAAUUUUUUAUAAAAAAUAAACUAUUUUUGCUUACACUUUUUUAUGUUUAUUUAACUCUCAGCACUGAACAGGCUGGCUUUAUUAAUUUAUUAACUGUACUUAUUAAUUGCAGAUAUUUUAAUUUUAAGUCUAAUAAAAAUACAGUGUGAGUUUAUUUUAUAUAAAA